AUGGCUCAACAGAACCAAGACGUUACGUCAUCACCAACGACAUUCAUGACAGCAGAAGCAGCAGCCUCCUCCUCCUCUACUUCAUCGGAUCCAGAUCAUUGGAAGGCCUCCCUCACAAAGCCAAUGAAAGAUACACGUGUCCAGACCGAAGAUGUGACAAAUGUCAAGGGCAAUGAGUUUGAAGAUUAUUUUCUAAAACGUGAAUUAUUAAUGGGAAUAUUUGAAAAAGGAUUUGAACAUCCAUCUCCAAUUCAAGAAGAAGCUGUGCCAAUUAUUCUUGCAGGACGUAAUGUCAUGGCAAGAGCAAAGAAUGGGACGGGAAAAACAGCUGCAUUUAUUAUUCCGUGUCUUGAAAAGACUGAUACCAGUCAAAACCAUAUUCAAGUGCUUAUUUUAGUUCCAACACGUGAAUUAGCACUUCAAACAUCCGCAAUUGUGAAAGAAAUUGGGAAACAUAUGGGGAUUGAGUGUAUGGUAUCAACGGGUGGAACAAGUCUCAAGGACGAUAUUAUGCGUCUUUAUCAGACAGUGCAUAUACUAGUGGGUACUCCUGGUCGUGUAAUGGAUUUAGCAAAUAAAGGUGUGGCAGAUUUGAGUCAAUGCUCGACGGUCAUUAUGGAUGAAGCAGAUAAAUUACUAUCUCCUGAAUUUCAACCACUGCUAGAGCAAUUACUGAAUCAUACGGCAAAACAACGUCAGAUUUGUCUCUUUUCAGCUACAUUUCCUGUCACAGUCAAGGCAUUUAAAGAUCGAUUUGUUGAGAAUCCAUAUGAGAUUAAUCUCAUGGAUGAGUUGACAUUGAAAGGUGUUUCACAGUUUUACGCAUUUGUGGAAGAGAGGCAGAAAGUGCAUUGCCUUAAUACACUAUUCUCCAAGCUUGAUAUCAAUCAGUCGAUUAUUUUCUGCAACUCGGUAAAUCGCGUCGAACUGUUGGCAAAAAAGGUAACUGAACUUGGUUACUCGUGCUUUUAUAUCCAUGCCAAGAUGAAUCAAGCCCACCGUAACCGCGUGUUCCACGAGUUUCGUAACGGUGCAACACGGCACUUGGUCUGCUCGGACUUGUUUACACGCGGUAUUGAUAUUCAGACGGUAAACGUUGUCAUCAAUUUUGAUUUUCCAAAGAACUCUGAGACGUAUCUGCACCGCAUCGGUCGUUCUGGUCGGUACGGCCACCUCGGUCUGGCCAUCAAUAUGAUCACAUACGAAGACCGAUUCAACCUGUACCGAAUCGAGCAAGAGCUCGGCACAGAGAUUCGACCCAUUCCGCCGGUCAUUGAUCGCAACUUGUACUGCAAGUAA